CGAACGCGGCGCCGGGGCCCGGCAGGCAGCGAGCGAGUCGGAACCUGCCGACCGGAGGAAGAGAGCGAGAGGCGGAUCCCGGGAACGGAGGCAGCGGCGGCAAGAGUCGCAACUCGGCGGCAGGCCGUCCUCGUCUCGCCCGCCCCGGCUGGGAGACAAAGGAGGAGGGAAAAGGCGGCAGCAGAGCUCCGAGGACGGAGUCGCCCGCGGGGCUGAGCACGAUGCGGCGUGGGGCCGCCCGAGGCCGGGAUCGAGGCGGCUGCGCGGCCUGCCUGGCGUGGCGCGGCUAGAGGAAGAGGAGGAGGCGGCGGCGCGAGGGCGGCGGCGCGGCCGAGGCCCGACGGACUUCUCUUCGGCCGAGCCCGCCCUGGCGGCGGCGAUGUGAAGGCCGGGCCCGGGCGAGGGCCGGAGGGCGAGCGCGCCGAGGCUGGGUCGAGCGGCGCAAGGACGCCGGGCCCGAGGCGCCGCGCGGCGGAGGCGAUCCGGGCCCGGGCGAUGGAGACGCACGUCUCGUGCCUGUUCCCGGAGCUGCUGGCCAUGAUCUUCGGCUACCUGGAGGUGCGCGACAAGGGCCGGGUGGCGCAGGUGUGCACGGCCUGGCGGGACGCCGCCUACCACCGCUCGGUCUGGCGGGGCGUGGAGGCGAAGCUGCACCUGCGCCGCGCCAACCCGUCCCUUUUCCCCAGCUUGGCCGCGCGGGGCAUCCGCCGGGUGCAGAUCCUGUCGCUGCGGCGCAGCCUGAGCUACGUGAUCCAGGGCAUGGCGGAGAUCGAGAGCCUCAACCUGAGCGGCUGCUACAACCUCACCGACAACGGGCUGGGCCACGCCUUCGUGGCCGAGAUCGGCUCCCUGCGCGCGCUGAACCUCAGCCUCUGCAAGCAGAUCACCGACAGCAGUUUGGGCCGCAUCGCCCAGUACCUCAAAGGCCUGGAGGUGCUGGAGCUGGGCGGCUGCAGCAACAUCACCAACACGGGCCUCCUGCUCAUCGCCUGGGGCCUCCAACGCCUCAAGAGCCUCAAUCUGCGAUCCUGCCGCCACCUGUCCGAUGUGGGCAUCGGGCACUUGGCCGGCAUGACCCGGAGCGCAGCCGAGGGAUGCCUGGGGCUGGAACAGCUGACGCUGCAGGACUGCCAGAAGCUCAGCGACCUCUCCCUCAAGCAUCUGGCCAGGGGUCUCACACGGCUGCGCCAACUCAACCUCAGCUUUUGCGGGGGGAUCUCGGAUGCGGGGCUGCUGCACCUGUCACACAUGAGCAGCUUGCGCACGUUGAACCUACGCUCCUGUGACAACAUUAGCGACACAGGUAUCAUGCACCUGGCCAUGGGCAGCUUGCGCCUUUCAGGCUUGGACGUCUCCUUUUGUGACAAAGUCGGAGACCAAAGCUUGGCCUACAUUGCACAGGGCCUGGAUGGCUUGCGCUCUCUCUCCCUUUGCUCUUGCCACAUCAGCGACGAGGGCAUCAACCGCAUGGUGCGCCAGAUGCAUGGACUGCGCACCCUCAACAUUGGCCAGUGCGUCCGCAUCACUGACAAAGGCCUGGAGCUUAUCGCUGAGCACCUUAGUCAGCUCACGGGCAUUGACCUUUAUGGCUGUACCCGCAUCACUAAAAGAGGCCUGGAGCGUAUCACUCAAUUGCCCUGCCUCAAGGUGCUCAAUCUGGGACUCUGGCAAAUGACUGAGAGUGAAAAAGUAAGGUGAGACGAGGGGACACCUGGAGAGCCCCAUCCCGCCGGAAGGAUUCACCAACUGACUGCUGCAGUAGAGGAAAGUGGAGGUGGGGGAGGCGGUGGCCCUCCCAAGAGGGGUUUGGGGGAGGGAAGGGAAAGCAUCUUUCAGUCUUC